CUAUGGGUAUACUGUAUUUCUUCAAUGACCCGAUCCAAAGAGAAAAGGCACCGGAAACAAACUACCAUCAGCUCUCAACUUCAGCAAGAAGCAGCUCAUUUGAGUUAAUCGAGACGGGAUCCCGUUUGAAUUAUUCCAUGUUUUUGUUGAGGGACUUGUCCCCUGAUAAGUAUGUAGUGUACACCUGUACGGGGAGGUCACGUGGCCUGCGGUGCGGCGGCUGGAGCGAUAGAAUGAAGACAAUAGUUUCAUCCUACAUGCUCUCAUUGCUCACAAAACGUCAGUUCAGAAUUCUCGACACCUAUCCCUGUGACAUUCAAAAUUCUUUUAGUGAAAACUUGGUCCAGUGGAAGAUUAACGGGUCGGAGUUAGAAAGUCGUAGCCAUCAGAAUUUUUACGCAAGUGUAGGGGUAAAGGUUGCCAGGAAUCAUUUUAGAGGCGCGAAUCUGGAAACUGUUCACAAGCCAGAUGUCAUUUAUUUUCACGGGAACUGGGACUUUUUAAAUGAGAUUGCUGAAAGGCCAAACAUUGGUGAAAGUUUUCCAUGGCUUCUCAAGUUACCUAGACCUGAUAUAUACAGAGGUAUAUUACGUAUGAUACUGAAACACACAGACACAUUACAAAGACAUAUACAUGAAAUCUUCUCGGAGCAAGUGAAGAAUAAUAAAUUAGUGUGUGCGCAUGUGCGGCAAGGCCGGAGCCAAACGUUACCUGAUGAUGACUCAACAGAUGUCGGGGAAAGAGAUGUGGAAACCAUAUUUCAGUUUUUAUCUCAAUACCAGAUUCCAAACCACAAAAUAUUCAUUGCAACAGAUUCUGAUGAAAUCAUGAAUUCAGCACGUACACGGUUCCGAGACUUUCUGCUGGAGGUUCCAGGGCCAAUCACUCAUAUGGACCUCUCAAAGAGUGGAGAACUAUGUCAAGGUCAACAAAAGUCCUUCACAGAACACGAGAUUUUGACCCGCUGUGAUACUCUAUUGUUGACAAGGAGCGGGUUUGGUAUCAUUGCUGCAUUCCUGCGGGAAAACUCUGAUGAACUCUAUUGUCUCAGUCGACAUUACAUUGCACCGUGUUCGAGAUAUACUCUCUCUAAAAUCUAUCCAUGGACACUGUCACCUUGGGAUGACUUUUAGCUUACGAUUUGGCUUAGGUUCUAUUCUAUCUUAAAAUUUGUUCGCGAACUUCCAGAACAUACAUUCCUCACUCAAAGCUGCUUUCGGCAAUUUUGUGUGCAUUAUAAUUCCAUUUUUUUGCAAUAGCAUAGACAUAGAACUAAAUGGAACCAUUUUGGGUCUAUGACCAGAUAAAGUAAUAUGUGGCAAUGU